ACAUCAGAACAGAACAACACACACACACCUGCCCUUCUAAAGCGGAGAGCCUCUGAGCAGCCAACUUCAAACCCGACUGAAUAAGGAAUAAUCAUUAUGGGAAAGUACGUGGUGACCUGCAUGAUAGCGAUUCUCUUUAUUCUGUUGCAGACUGAUGUCAUUGUCUCCGUUUCCAGUAGAGGAAGCAGCAGACCAAGUGGUAGCAGUAGUUCAGGGAGCCACCGUAAGCCUAGCAGACCUGUUUAUAAGCCUAGCAGACCUGUUCAUCAGCCUAGCAGACCUGUUCAUCAGCCUAGCAGACCUGUAAAACCACCUAGCAGACCUGUAAAACCACCUAGCAGACCUGUAAAUCCACCUAGCAGACCUGUACAUCACCCUAUCAAACCUGUAGAGAAACCUAUCAAACCUGUACAUAUACCAGACAAACCUGUACACAAUGAACCUAUCCACCCCCCGAACAGACCUGGUCAACCUGCACAAAAUCCUGCCUACCCCCCACAUAAUCCUGUGAACCCCCCACAGAAUCCUGCCAACCCCCCACCGUAUAAUCCUGCCUAUCCACAGAAUCCUGCCAACCCCCCACCAUAUAAUCCUGCCUAUCCACAGAAUCCUGCCUACCCCCCACAUAAUCCCGUGAACCCCCCACAUAAUCCUGCUUACCCCCCGCAUAAUCCUGCCAACCCCCCACCGUAUAAUCCUGCAAAUCCCCCACAUAAUCCUGCCUAUCCUCCUCAUAAUCCUGCCAACCCCCCACCGUAUCAUCCUGCCAACCCCCCACCGUAUCAUCCUGCCAACCCCCCACCGUAUCAUCCUGCCAACCCCCCACCAUAUCAUCCUGCCAACCCCCCACCGUAUCAUCCUGCCAACCCCCCACCGUAUCAUCCUGCCAACCCCCCACCAUAUCAUCCUGCCAACCCCCCACAUAAUCCUGCCUACCCACAGAACCCUGGCUAUCCCCAGCGCAAUCCCAGUUACCCACAAAACCCUGGCUGGAGUCAAUAUGACACUAAGCCUUGGAAGCCAAAACCCCCCAAGCCCAACAUGAAGCACAUGGCAGGAGCAGCUGUCGCAGGGGCUGCAGUGGGCGCUGCUGGUGGCUUCCUCUUAGGCCGGGCUAUGUCUAAUAUGCAUUUUCGUUUCAACAACCCCAACGAGGAACGGUGGUGGCAUGAAAACCGCAACCGUUAUUCCGAUCAAGUUUACUACCCAACGUAUGAGCAGCCCGUUCCGGAGGACGUCUUUGUGAGAGACUGCUGGAAUAUCACCGUGAGAGAGUUCAUCGAGCCCAGUGAGAACCAAACGGCAGACGAGAUGGAAGAACGGGUCGUGAAGCGAGUGGUCCGCGAGAUGUGCAUUGAGCAGUAUCGUAGCUUCUCGAGCCACGCAGGCGGGGGCAGCGUUGGCCAUCACGAUAGUAAUCCGAUGCAGCCAAAGGCAAGCCAGCCCGGGAUGAAGCCUGCGCUUGGAGAAGCCGGCACAGACAUCGCAGUGGCGUACGGUGGUGGCUACCUCUUAGGCAGCCCUUUGUCGAAGAUGCAUUUUCCAUUUAACGACAGCGAGGAGGAACACUGGUGGAAGGAAAACCGUGACCGUUUCACCCACCACGUUUACAGCCCAAACAACAGCCGCUCCCUUUCGAAGGAUGAGUUUGUGAGCGACUGUGUGAACGUCACGGCGCAAGACUACAUCAAGCCCAGCGGGAACCAAACAGCAGAUGAAAUGGAAACCAGGAUCGGGACACGUGUGAUACAUAAAGUGUGCACCGAGCUGUACCACAGCUACUUUAGCCUUGCAGAUGGAGGCAGCUUUGCCCAUUCUAAUCAUAAGCCGGCGGGGCCUACUGAACCAGCCAAGCUUGGGAUCAAGCCUGUGGCAGGAGCAGCUUUCAGGGGCACUGUGGCAGGAGCCAACGGAGGCUACCAGAGCAACAGUGCUGUGUCCAAUAUGCAUGUUUACUUUAAUGUGGUUAAUGCUCUACGUCUCUCCAGCCCUUCUAUGCUUAUGUUCCUCAUGUUGUUCACAUGUUUCCUGAUACCCUGAAGUUGUAGUCCUUAAGCCUCCAUUUUGUUGUCGAUCUAGCAAACGUCCAGAAGGAAUGAGAUCUAUGUCAAGCAACAGAAUUGUGGAGAAUACAUCCUUGCUUCCGCACCUCUCUCUCCCUCUCUCUUUGGUGGAGUGUCUUUAAGAGCUGUUACAUGUGCUAAGUGUGCAUGGACUCAGACUGCCGUGCACACAUACUCCUUUAGAACUACCUUUCCAACUGCCUGCUGUUUCAGAAUCAUAGGGAAAGCUGCCGCCUUCGUAGCGACGGGAGCAAACCCAUGUGAAUCAAAACAAUGUCCGUAUUCAUAGCUCGUCAAGCCUAAUUUAACAGAACAUAAGCAUGAAAACAUAAUGGAAACACUGGAAAACAUAUCCUUUGCCAGCCAAUUCCCAUUGCAUAGACUCUUGGGCAGAACCUGAUAAGCUUUAAGAGCACAUUUUAUCAGGCGAUAUGUCAUUUUGCACGAUUCAAGAAGCUGGUUUUGAGAGGAAGGAAGGAUUUCGCAUUCUUGCCUUGCUUUGCUGAGAUUGACUUCCAGUGUUGUGUAAUGUUCAGGGAUGGGGUGGGGAAAAGGAAACACAAGUGUCUACACUUCCUGGUGUCUACAGUGCAGCACGAAGUGAGAUUUUCACACCCGCCUCUUCAAUGAGUUGGGCAAGCUUGGCCCGUGUUCGGCGCCUAUGCAUCUCACUGCGAUGGGGAAGGAGAGAUGUGAACGUUCUGUUGUGGGCAUUACUAAGAAGUGUGGCGUAUUUUUUGGGUUACUGUUGUAAGGUGCCUUGUAAGCUGGUUUACUGCAAGCAAAAGAGAAAAAGUAGCAAAAGCUGGAUAUUUAAACAAACAAAUGGAAGUUCAAGUUCCCCUCACAUUACACCAUGUGUGGAGCCUCAUAGGUGUUCCUAGUCUGAUAAAAUUCAAGGGGCGGAGUCCCAUUAGUCUAACGCAACUAGGGUGAAAGUUAUUAGAAACGGGUGCGGAGAGACACCUGUCCACAACAGGGGUUGCUGCACUCCUGCUUUAGUGCCUUCACAAAUGUGGCUGCCAAGCAGACAGGUGGGGAAUAUUAUAGGUUGUGCAUCUGUGCCAUGAGGCCCACGGGGAUAGGAUGCAUGAAAACAGCCCACAUCAAAGCCAUAAAAACCCUUACCUGAAUGUGCCCCCCAAACUGCAUGAUCCAUUUUCAUAGGCUUUGGCCAAUCAAUACUAAACCUAAGCCAUAUCACCCCAAAAGAAAGAUGGGCAGAUUGAGAGCACAGGUAACCAACAGGAGGUGGUUGUAAAGGGUCAACCAAUGAAUGAUAACGUUCUCCAGCAGCAUCAGUAGACCUCCUCCUCUUCUUUUUCCUCCUCUUCCUCCUCCUGCUGCUGCUCCUCCUAGACUGAGACAUGUUUUGCAUGAAUAAAGACCAAAUCGUGGUUGGAUCUCCCACUUUUUUUAAAAGUCAAUAGUAGACUUUUAGUGGGUGGAAGGGUGGGUAGAUGGAUUACCUCUAAUCUGUGGUACUAGAGGAGAGGGUUAAUAAUUCUCCCUAUGCCAUUUCCCCAAUCUAACCUCCCCUCACCCAGAUGCUACUUGCUCCACAAGGGAAAGUCCUCUCCACCCUCACACCAAUCUAAUAGCAACAUUGGUGGUGGAUGGAUUUGCAGUAAGGGAAAUUGCAUGGUAGGAAGGGAUUGAUCUCUCCAUCCCAUAAUGCCACCUUCCUCAUUUUCAAACAUUCAUAAAGAGUAACUAAUAUCUAGCUAUUGAUCCAUCUAUCAUCUCUCUCUCUCUCUCUCUCUUCUAUUUGGCCAUCCAUCCAUCAAAACCUCUAUAUGAUCCUGAUCCUGGAUUUCCACUAUCGUGUUUGGUUUGACCCUGAGACACUCAGGCUGCAAACCUAUAGACAUUUAAAUGGGAGAUACUUAAGUCCCAUUGGACUCAAUUGGACUUACGUCUGUGUUGUUGACCUGCAUAGGACUAAGCUGGCAGAAAUCUAUGCAUGCUUUCUUGGAAGUUGGUUCAAGUAUGUUCAUUGGGACUUACUCCCAUAUAUGGGGGCAUAGCAUUGGACUCAAUGGUCUGAGUAGACAUUCAUAGGAUUGCUCUGUCAGGCUGAAAUCAUAUGCAUGUUUACUUAGGGAACUAGAAACAAACAUCAAAUCCCUGUUAUGUGAGGCAAGUGACAAACCAGGAGACCAGUUUCAGUUGGAAUGGGAAUUCCAACUUGUUUCCUCAUUAGUUUCUGGUUAAUUAACCUGCUCUCCUGGUGGAAGAAGCCAUGUAAGGGUGAUCAAGCUGUGUGCCUGAGCACUUUGCUCAUGAACAAAAAAACCCCAAGAAUUCUGGCUUAUUGUUAAGUCUGAACUCCACCAAUGUGUUCAAGUGGAACACGACUCCAGAGGUUUGGUUAUAAGAUUGUGAUGAUGAUGCUGUCCAGAGAACCAUGGCAGGAUUUGUUAUUGCAUAUUUGUUAUGUCUGUUUGAUGCACUUAACCUCCUUUAACUUUCUGCAAAAGCCCAAAAUAAAGCCAUGGCUUGUUUAACAUCC